AUGACUAGUAAAAGUGAAAUUAGACAAAGAAUGCGAAGAAUUCUGAGACAAAUAUUACCAUCGGUACACAUGAAGAAAUCAGAAUACCUCUUAAAGCAGUUUUUAAGUAGUCCUGAAUAUUGUGCUUCGCGAAGACUAGCUGUUUAUAUUAGCCUCCCUGAAGAACCCAACACAAUACCAGUAAUUGAAAAAGCACUUCUUGACGGAAAGAGUAUAUUUGUUCCACAAAUUAUGUUUUCUGCGUCAGACGAUUCUCCUCCUAUGUGUAUGCGUCAUGUUAAAUCACUGAAAGAGAUUGAAUCCUGGAGGUCUAAUAAAUGGGGGAUUAAAGAACCUGAACCAGUUUCAUAUGUUGAACAGCUGGACGAAAUUACAGGUGGAUUGGAUUUAUUUGUUGUACCUGGUUUGGCCUUCACACGAAGUGGACAUCGUCUUGGUCGAGGUGGCGGAUAUUACGACCGAUACAUACAAUGGUACACUGGGCAGUGUCAUUUAGGGACUUUCCAAAGAGCUAAAUUAGUCGCCUUUGCAUUUGAGGAACAAAUAAUAGACCAUAUUCCUUCAGAAACUCAUGAUAUAAUUAUUGACCAGCUGUUUGUAGCAUAG